UAAUUCUGCGCCAUAAAUUGGAGCGUUUUCUGGAUAGCCUGCAUGUGCUGGUGGAGUUUUACUUGUAUAAAAAAAUCAGUUUGUUAAUUAAUCAAUUGAAUCAAUUUAAUUAGUGCGUGUAAUUCAUUCCGUUUGCAGAAGUGUUUUAGUUUUAUCGAUAACAGAUGGCACGUAAUCAGAAAACACGCCGAAGCGCGGGUCUCCGUAAAACCCCGCGUAGAUCGAUAGGCAAUCGGCUCUCAAAACCUAAACUACCUGACAUAAGAGAAUCUAACCGACGUAAAAUGAAACGGGUACAGAAACGCGUGCAGCAGAGACUUCUCCGCCGAUCGCUCGAAAAGGAAAAGCGGAAACAGCGCAACAACAAUCAACCGUCGUCAUCGGGUCGAACGAUGCUCUACCCACCGAUAGCGCCACCUCCGCCACCCAAUCAUCUGUUGAAUCGACCGUCGACGUCGCGGUCGCCGCAAAGACAACGAAACCGGGCAAUUGGACAGCUCAAAACAAUGGACGCCGAAACGAUUGUGAUCGAUUCGGAAGAUGAUUCGCUGGUUCCACCGGAACCGGUCCCACUGUUCUACGAGGACACGCUCGGAGGUUUCAACGAUAAGGAGGUGCCAAGCUAUGAUAAGGUUUUUUUGAUUCGGACGCCCGAUACUCCAUACCCACUGAGGACAUAUGUGCCACGGUAUCAUGCGGAGGAUAAUGAUGGCGAGCAGACUCAGGCCGAUCAGGGUGUGCUGAUGGAAAGCAUGCUAGAAGAAGGUGAGAUCCGCGACGCGGACGAGACAUGCAACGCUAUAAACAACACAAUAAACGCCGAAGAGAUACCGAUCUCUGACGAUGAGGUGGAUUUGGGAGACCAGGCACUGCCAACCCCAAAACGUGCAGACUCGGAGGACUGUUCGGUCAUAUUUUGCUCGGAAGUGAUCGAUCUAGAUCGGGAUGAUACGGCGAAGGAAAAGGCACUGGAAUUUAUUCCCAUUGGAUUCGAGUUGGACGGCCAGAGCCGCAAGAAAAGAACACCACGAAAGAAGCGUAACAAUAACGGUAGUAAUACUGCUAAUGCUGAAAACGCAACUACGGAGGAAACAACCUCUAAAAGAAUGGUUGUCAUCGAUGGAAAUAAUGUAGCUUUUGGACAUACGUGCGGACAAGGUUUCUCAGUCAAAGGGCUGGAAAUUUGCAUCCAACAUUUCAAAAAAAUGGGCCACGAAGUCAACGCAGUUGUGCCACAGUUUCGACUUAAGAAGGACAAAAGCACCGACCAGAAGCUGCUGGAGAAACUGUACAAAGACGGCGACGUGCUGCUGGCUCCGAGCAAAAACUUGCCCGGCCAAAGGUCGUCAUCCUACGACGACCGGCUCAUCAUUUCCGUAGCGGAAAAGUUCGACGGUGUGGUGAUUUCCAACGAUAAUUUCCGCGACCUGCUGACCGAAAGUGACUCUUGGAAAAAAAUAAUCGAAACUCGAGUGAUCGGCUACACGUGGGCCAAGGAUGCCUUCUUUCUGCCGGACGAUCCGUACGGUCGGCACGGGCCGAAGCUCAAGGAUUUGUUGGAGUGCAGUAAGUCCCCGGAACCCAAACCGGUGCCCGUGGUGGCCGCUGAAGGCAAGUGAGUCAGGUUUUGUUUUUCUUUUAUUUUUGUAAAAAUAGUGAUGGUAUUUAUUACAAAAAAAACACUGUUAGUUUAUUAAAAAAAAUCGA